AACCUUUUAAAGAUGUAUCUUGAACGAGUAUCAUGUUGUUAAGAUUUGAGGUUAAGUCCGUCUAAUUACAUUUAACUUGAAUAUAAUUGUUUCUUAUUUAUUUUUAACGUACUUCCAGCCUGUUCUGAGACUGUUUGUGCACAAAUACUGGUCUGCUGCAUACCGGUGCCGUGGACGUAAACAUAAACAAUAUAAAAGGUAUAAUAUAUAUGGAUAUAUUUUACAUUUAAUACAAUGGAUGUGUUAGAACCAGAGUUAAUUUGGGUUAAUGGACGAUGCUAUAGAUUUUACGAAAGUAGUGUUUGGAAAAACAUUAACACAUCUGCCCCGUACAUGGAGGAUGACAAUGAAUCAGUUGUUUGUUCUGAAGAGGAAAGUGAUACUGAUAUAGAGAUAGUACCUCAUAAUGAUACACAGUUUAAACACACUUUUUACGUACCCAAAAUUUUUUAUUCGCAUAUAAUUGGAGCAAAAGGUUCAACACUCAAAAAACUGGAAAGUGAAACAAGAGCAACUAUAGAGAUACCAAAGAAGGGAAAAGAUGGAAAUAUUGUCAUUAUUGCGCGAGAUCGUAAAACUGUGUCAUCGGCAAAAAACAGAAUUGAUUUGCUGAUAGAGGCGUCUAAAAAGAAGAUAAAUUUUACACAUUUCUUGUCAAUUCCAUUAAAUAAGAAAAAUAUAAUUGAUAAAUUUAAUUUGUUCAAAACUGACGUGUUGAAGAGAUACGACAAGGCUACGUAUAAUAUUGACGAAACACUGUUUCAAACGCCAUGCAAGUUGCACCUUACUAUCGGAGUGCUCAAGUUAUUUGAUGACAAUGAUAAAGAACAUGCUAUCAACGCUCUUAAGAAAUGUAAAGAAGAUAUCAUAGAUCCUAUUAUUAAGAAAUCUGGACCAAUAACCAUACAGUUGCAAGGAGUUGCUUGUAUGAAUGAUGAUCCAACUGAAGUUAGAGUUUUGUACGCACAAAUUACUCCCAAUGAAAAAUUACAAGAAAUUGUUGAUAAAGUUAGCAACUAUUUUGACGACAUAGGUUUGAAGAAAAAAGAGCACGAAAGAGUAAAAUUGCACGCCACUUUAAUGAAUAUAUUCUUCAGGGAUGAUUACUAUGCGAAAUUCAAAAAAAACUUUGAUGCAAGUGAAAUAUUAAAAAUGUACAAGGAUGCGUCUUUUGGAGAAACAAAAUUAGAACAAAUUGACAUAUCUGAGCGUCACACAGCUGUCAAAGACAAUUACUAUAAGUCACUUGUUAGUAUUGUUGUUUAAAUACUAAAUGUAUAUUAUACAUUUAUAUAACUUUCUUGUACAAGGAAGGACAUGUUUAUUGUCACAAAUGUGUGUACAAACAAUAUUGUAAAAUUAUGUCAGAAAAAAACAAACUAUUUAUUAUAAUAUCUUUGAAAACGGCGAAAUCUUGUUUCUGUACAUACAAAAAUUAAUAUAAAAUGUAUAGCUUUUCUAUCUAUAAUUUGCUUUAAGUUUAUAAUUAGAAUAAUUUGUAAAAGGUAUUUAGUUGUGUGUCAUUUGUGUUAUAUUUGAACUUAUACUUGCAAAAGUUUAAUCAUUAAUGGUAACAUUUUAUAGACACAAGGAUAUUUAAUAAAAAUAAAAUAAAUAUAUAUGUAAUAUUUAUCACAAAGAUAUAUAAAGUUUAUGUAUUUGUAUAUAAACUUCUGUUAUAAAUUCAUACAGUAUGUGUGUCCGGAACUCUCAAACAAAUUAAAAUAAUGGAAACGUUUUCAAUAUUAUGUAAUAAUAACAGAAUAAUAAAAUCCUUGGUGCUGGAAAACA